AGACAGCCCAUCAACUUGGUCGCGCAAGCUGCAAGCGCUCGAGCCCGCUACGCCCGAGACCGGACCGGGUUACGAUCGACCGCCGAUGCUAGACGCUGGAUACACAAGGAGCUAUGAGAAGGCUCCGUACCAGUCUUUGAUGUGGUUGGUAGCAUCAUGCUCGUGUUUUUACAUCAUUUUAGCCAAUGGCAUCGCGUUGUCGCUGGCGGUCCACGUGUGCAACACGCAAGGAUCGUUGCGCGUUGCCGAGCUCACUUUUCUCCGAGCCCCUCGCCGCCUCCAUCAUGGACGCUCUCUGGACCGACGACAGCCGCCCGUCGCACAAGCGCAAGCGCGACGCCAGCGACGACGCCAACCCGGUCUGGAAGUACGUCGCUUCGACGCUCCAGAAGCGCGUGCGUGUCCCGACCUAUGUGCCGUUUGCGUCAACGCUCAAUGCGUUCUGGGCCGGUGACAACGACGACAAGGAGGCGGUCGAGGAAGCGAGCGUCGAAGUCCCGCGCCCACUCGGCGUUCGCGUCGAGCCGACGCACGCCCGUGGCGCCACGGUGCAGAUUGGUUUUGGCGGCUGUGGCGGCUUUUACAACUACCACUUGGGCAUUGCGUCCGUCUUGCAGGAGCACUUUGACUUGACCAACUGUGUCUUCUCGGGCGCGUCGGCUGGCUGCUUUCCAGCGCUCGUGCUUGCGCUCGGCCGCGACGUCAAGUCAUUCUUCUACGGCCCGAACCUCACGCUGGUCCAAGACGCGAAUGAAAAGACAUUUUACGGCCUUCGCGACUGGAUUCCGCUCACGAAGGAGCAUGUACUCAAGACGCUGGCGCCGGACGCGUACACGCGCGUCGACAACAAGUUUUUCGUGUCGAUCACGCACGUCCCGAGCCUCGCGAACGAGCUCGUGACGACCUUUACGUCCAACGAAGACAUGGUCGAGUGCAUCCUUGCGUCCGGGCACGUGCCCAUCUACACGAACGAAGUGCUCAAGCCGUACCGCGGGCAAAAGUACGUCGACGGCUGCGUCUCCAACAACUGGCCCGUCCCGCACGGCGACGACCACCCGUCGCACGUCUUUCAGAUCUACCACUGGCGCACGAUCUGGCCGCACUGGUGCCUCAUCUCGACCAAUACGGAGUGGGCGAUAACGCAGUUCCAGUGGGGACGCGACGAUGCGCUCGCUCAUAUACACGAGAUUGAAGCGCUGCUCCACUACAAGACGCAGUAGACUCUCGUAUCGUUGCAUGUACUAGUACACGCGGUGUCGUAUUCGGUUUUAC